GUUUGCCCAUUCAUUCCUCAUGGAUCCUUCAAGCAUUGACUUUCCCGUUGAUCAUCAACAGUCCGUCAUGCGUCUCUGUACAGAAAGUGGUUGCACCGAUGCAGCGAUAGGAAAGGGUCGGUAUUGUAAGAAACACCGGAACAAGCAAUACAAACAGAGAUAUAGAAGAAAGAAGAAACGAGAAGCGGCGGCACCUGCAUCUGAUCCGGAUUUGGAGCAGGCAAAGAGGAAAUUAAUGGAGAAAGUCUCUCAGUCUCAAGAAGCUGCCGGUUCGGCUAGUAGUGAACCAGACUAUAAAGAUCUUCUUCAUCCAGUGCUUGUACAAAAGCGACAGGAACUGCUGGAUAGCGAAGAAGUCAUUCUGCACCUUAAGAGAGAACAAGAGAAAGUGAGACUUGAAUGUGAAAAGAAACGAAGACCAAAAGACGAGGUACUCGCCGAGUAUCAAUCAUUACAAGACGAAGCAGCCGUGUCCGCAGCAAAGAGACAGAAAAGUGACAAAGACACAAAACACAGCGACAGCAGCAAAGAUUGGACGUCACCGAGUGAAACAGACACACUUGACACAUCCGGAACGAGUCACAGCUCACUGAAUAGCAGCACUGGCAUCACCGACAACAAAGACAGUGAAGAUGCGGUACUAGAGCAGCAUGGACCAAAAAGUACAUAAAACUUUGAGUAUAAAAUAUUUAAUUAUUUUUAAUUAUUUUAUUUUAUUUUUUGAUUACGUAAGUACUAAAUAUUAAAUUACAAAUUUUGUUAUUAUUUUUGAUUGUAAUAAAUCGCGUGA